UGCUGUGGAGGGAGGGAACUGAGCUUGGGGAGGAAAAAGGGCUGCCGAGCCCGGGGAGAGGCGGCCCGGGGCCCCCUUUAUCUGCUUUCUGAAACUGUCUUCCUUUUCUCUGGUGACUCGGAGCCGAGGGAGCGCUGCUUCGGCUUUCCCGGGACAGUUCAAGAAGCUGAGGUAAACACGAGUACUAUGUCUUCAGUGGGGUCUGAAUAUACAAUUGGUGGAGUAAAGAUUAACUUUCCUUGUAAAGCUUACCCCUCACAGCUUGCUAUGAUGAAUUCUAUUGUCAGAGGUUUAAACAGUAAACAACAUUGUUUGUUGGAGAGCCCCACAGGAAGUGGAAAAAGUUUGGCCUUACUUUGUUCUGCUUUAGCGUGGCAACAAUCUCUUCUUAAUGGGAAGCCAGUCGAUGAGGGCUCACACAAAAAAGCUGAAGAACCAUUGUCAUGUUGUUGUACAUGCCACUCGAAGACUUUUACAAACAAUGAAAUGAACCAACGAACUUCACGUCAUUUCAACAGUCCAAGCAGACUACCUUCUGAAAAAAGUGGAGCUUCAUCAACUUGUCAAGACUCUCCUGAAAAAAAUACUCUGGCUGCAAAGUUAUCUGCCAAGAAACAGGCAUCCAAAUCCAGGGAUGGAAAUGAUGACUUUCAAGUAGACAAGAAAAGAAUUCGACCCUUGGAAACUGCACAGCAGAUUAGAAAACGUCAUUGUUUUGAAAAGGAAGAAAUUCAUUUGAAUGCAAAAGUUGUUUCAGAAGAGACUGUAACACUUAACUCUCCAUCAGAAAAGAUAAACUCCUUUUCACCACAAAAUCCCCCCGGCCACUGUUCUAGGUGUAGUUGUUCCACUAAACAAGGAAGCGAUCAAGAGUCUUCAAACACCAUUAAGAAAGAUCAAGGGGGCAAAUCCAAGAGACCCAAAAUAUAUUUUGGAACACGCACACACAAGCAGAUUGCUCAGAUUACUAGAGAGCUCCGGAGGACAGCGUACUCAGGGGUCCCGAUGACGAUUCUUUCCAGCAGGGAUCAUACUUGUGUCCACCCUGAAGUAGUUGGUAACUUCAACAGAAAGGAAAAGUGCAUGGAAUUGCUGGAUGGAAAAAAUGGAAAAUCAUGCUAUUUUUAUCAUGGUGUUCAUAAAAUGAGUGAUCAACACACAUUACAGACACUCCAAGGGAUGUGCAAAGCCUGGGAAAUAGAAGACCUUGUUAGCCUGGGGAAGAAACUAAAGGCGUGUCCAUACUACACAGCUCGAGAACUAGUGGAAGAUGCCGAUAUAAUAUUUUGUCCAUACAACUAUCUUCUAGAUGCACAAAUAAGGGAAAGUAUGGAUAUAAAUCUGAAGGAACAGGUUGUCAUUUUAGAUGAAGCUCAUAACAUUGAGGACUGUGCUCGAGAAUCAGCAAGUUACAGUGUAACGGAAGUUCAGCUGCGGUUUGCUAGAGAUGAACUAGAUAGUCUGGUCAACAAUAAUAUAAGGAAGAAAGACCAUGAACCUCUACGAGCUGUGUGCUAUAGCCUCAUUAAUUGGUUAGAAGCAAACACUGAACAUCUUGUAGAAAGGGAUUAUGAAUCAUCCUGUAAAAUAUGGAGUGGAAAGGAAAUGCUCUUAAAUUUACACAAAAUGGGCAUCACUACUGCUACUUUUCCCAUUUUGCAGGGUCAUUUUUCCACUGUUCUUCAAAAAGAAGAAAAAGUCUCACAAAUUCGUGGAAUAGAGGAGGCAGUGGAAGUACCUAUUAUGAGUGCUUCAACUCAAGUUAUGCUCAAAGGACUUUUUAUGGUGCUUGACUACCUCUUUAGGCAAAAUAGCAGGUUUGCAGAUGACUAUAAAAUUGCUAUUCAACAGACUUACUCCUGGAUAAAUCAGACUGAUAUUUCAGAUAAAAAUGGCUUAUUGGUUCUAUCAAAAAAUAACAAACGUUCAAGACAGAAAGCUGCAGUUCAUGUGCUAAACUUUUGGUGCUUGAAUCCAGCUGUGGCUUUUUCAGAUAUUAAUGGCAAAGUUAGGACAAUUGUUUUGACAUCUGGCACAUUAUCACCAAUGAAAUCUUUUUCAUCAGAACUUGGUGUUACAUUUACUAUCCAACUGGAGGCUAAUCAUGUCAUUAAUAACUCACAGGUUUGGGUUGGUACCAUUGGAUCAGGCCCCAAUGGUAGGAAUCUCUGUGCUACCUUCCAGCAUACUGAAACAUUUGAGUUCCAGGAUGAAGUGGGAGCACUUUUAUUAUCUGUGUGCCAGACUGUGAGCCAAGGAAUUUUGUGUUUUUUGCCAUCUUACAAGCUAUUAGAAAAAUUAAAAGAACGUUGGCUAUACACUGGUUUAUGGCAUAAUCUGGAGUUGGUGAAGACAGUCAUUGUAGAACCACAAGGUGGAGAGAAAACUGAUUUUGAUGAAUUACUACAGGUGUAUUAUGAUGCAAUCAAGUACAAAGGAGGAAAAGAUGGAGCCCUCCUGGUAGCAGUUUGUCGUGGUAAAGUGAGUGAGGGUCUGGAUUUCUCAGAUGACAAUGCCCGUGCUGUCAUAACAAUAGGAAUUCCCUUUCCAAAUGUGAAAGAUCUACAGGUUGAACUGAAGCGUGAGUACAAUGACCACCAUUCAAAAUUAAGAGGUCUAUUACCUGGACGGCAGUGGUAUGAAAUUCAAGCAUACAGGGCUUUAAAUCAGGCCCUUGGUAGAUGUAUUCGACACAAAAAUGAUUGGGGAGCUCUUAUUCUAGUGGAUGAUCGCUUCGGGAAUAACCCAAGUCGCUAUAUAUCUGGACUUCCUAAGUGGGUAAGGCAGCAGAUUCAACACCAUUCAACCUUUGAAAGUGCACUAGAGUCCUUGGCUGAAUUUUCCAAAAAGCACCAAAAAGAAAUUGAUGUAACCAGAAAGUAUGUGAAGGACCAAGAGUCUACUCUUGAAGUGGCCUGUUUACAGGACAGUGCACCAGCUUACUUACUGGGUCUGGCAAGUCAUCUAUCACCAGAAAAUCCUAAGGAAGAUGAGACAGAAAUGUGUAUCCAGGAACUACAAUGCCCUAAAAAAAUUACUGAAAACCCAUCUCUACCAAGUGGCAUCAUCUCCAGAAAGCAUGGAAAUGACCCAGUGUUAUUGGAAGAGUCUGUACAGACAAGGAAAGAGAAAAGGACCAUCAUUUCCCGAUCUACAAGCCCAACGUUCGGCAAGCAAACCAACAGAGUUAGCUGGUCUAACUUUCAUUCUUUGGGACAGUUUUUUACUGGUAAAAUACAGACCAUAACACCUGAGCUCAGGUCACCAAAGAACUGCACCUCUAGUCCUUGUGCUUUCAAAACACAAAACACGGAAAAUAAAACUCUUUUGCCACUCUCUGAUAAACCUGAGUCCUCAACUCCUACAGUAAAAACGUCAUUUGGAUCAUGUCCUCAGUCAGAAACCAUUGUUUCAUCAAUAAAGAUUGAUAAUCAUUCCAAACAACCACUCAGUUAUGAAGAGGCUCUGGAUCUGGACACUGAAUUACCCCCAGUAAAUGAAGAUGCUAUCCAUUCAACUUCAGGUAGAGCUUCUGAGGCAGAAGUAGAAGAUGAAUCCAUCUAUUUUACACCUGAACUUUAUGAUCCUGUAGAAACAGAUGAAGACGACAAUGAGCUUAUUCAAACUGAUAAGGGCAGCAGAUUGGCUAAUAAUUCAAACUGCAUUUUGGCUACAGACCUUUUAGAAAUUAAAACUACAAAAGGAAUGGAUUUAGUCAGUGAGGAGAAACAGGAUCACCCAGACACAGAGUUGAAUAUUGAAGGUAGUAAAAUUGAUGACAUUGAUGGUAAUGUAAAAACAUCUUGCAUAAAUGAAUUGAAACUGGGAAAUACUCAUGAAAUAGAUCUAAACAACUUUCAACAGUCUGUUUCCAAAAAUAAAGGUGUUAGCCCUGGUGUUAAGUAAUUAUGCUUAACUGUCAAGCUGCAGAAAUAGGUUAUCAUGCUUGUGUUAAACUCUGUUGUAAUUAAUAAUUUAUGUAUUAAGUGAUAUACUUUAAAUUUUUGUAGCUAUAAUUUUAAUUCACUGAGAUGUUUAAGUCUAUUUUAUGUUCAGAAAUACAAUUUUAAUAUUCACAAAUUUUGAUAGUGAUUCAAAGUAUUUACCUCCAAUAAAUCUUCUUAGCUAAAUAUAAAUUAAAAUUAGUCUCAAAGAUAUCUAAUUUCCUAAGGCACUUCUAAUCUCACAUACUCAUAUUUUGUAGUCUACUGCAUUUGUUUUCAUACAGGGACUAGUAGCAGUGUGAUCUAGUCACAGCUCAGCCAUGUUUCACUACAGAUUUUUUUAAAAAUAUUUAUUUAUUUAUUUGAAAGUCAGAGUUACACAGAGAGAGGAGAGGCAGAGAGAGAGAGAGAGAGAGAGAGAGAGAGAGAGAGAGGGGUCUUCCAUCCGAUGGUUCACUCCCCAAUUGGCCGCAAUGCCCGGAGCUGUGCUGAUCUGAAGCCAGGAGCCAGGAGCUUCUUCCGGGUCACCCAUGGGGGUGCAGGGGCCCAGAGACGUGGGCCAUCUUCUGCUUUCCCAGACCAUAGCAGAGAGCUGGAUCAGAAGUGGAGCAGCCAGGUCUCAAACCGGCACCCAUAUGAGAUGCUGGCACUUCAGGCCAGGGCGUUAACCCACUGAACCACAGCACCGGCCCCUCACUAUAGAUUUUACCUCAAAUUGUUCUGAGACUUUUUUAGAAAUCAAUGUUCUUUUAUUAAAAUGCCUACUUACAGGUAAGUCAUGAAAAAUAAGGACAUAAGUAGCAUGUAUUUUUGUUUGAUAAACCUAAAAUCAUAAAUUUAUGUAAUAUUAUAAAAUGCCAAAUGAAGUAUUCCACAUUUUCAGUUGUAAUUAUUUAGCUUCAUCAUGAAAAAGUGACACAUCCUGGCAUAAAGUUUUAACUAUGCAACUACUAAGAUGGAAGCUUCAUAUAUAAAUUUUGUAUACAAGAGUACUUUAAAAAAAGUCAUGGAAAAUGGAAAUUAAAUAUCUUUAUUUUGGUGCAAAAAAUGUUUUAAGUCCAUGCAUAGUUUCCCAUGAACUUCUUAAAGUAUCUUCAUUUAUAACUUCAUAGCAGAAAGAUGUUCCUUUAGAGCAGUGUGGAUUCUGUGUUUACAUCUUUAUAAACAAAACCAUCUAAUCAGAUACUCUGAUAAAAGAUGACAUCUCUGACAUCAUUCCAAAAAUAAACUCACUGAUCUUUUUUUCUAAGAAACAUCUGUUAUUCAGUGAGCAGACUUCUUGUGAGUGACUUCAACUGACAUUUUAUGAGUUCAAGUAGUAUGUAUAUUCUAUUAUCAAGUCAAAAUUCCCAAUAAUCAGACAUUUUUUGCAUU